UACACAGUACACACACAUACACCCAAAUACUAUACGGUUGGCUAGUGCCCUAGUCAACUAACUAUAUGGCCGAGAGUCCGAUUGCCUGACAGGUAAUCAGAAUCGACCGUAGAUAACGUAUAAAUCGACGAUCGAAGUCGAGAGUGCUUGACAAUCUCGUAAAACGAUUUUAAGACCUCUUGCCGUUCUUCUCUUGGCUCGAAAAAAACGUAGUUGGGAAUGUUCGCGACACUGUGUUGCUGAGUGCAUCUAAUAUACCUACCUACCUACUGUGGUGGUUCCCGAAAAGAGACACUAAUUUUAAAUCCGUUUGGUGAGUACCCAGAUCCAACUCAAUAUUAUAUUUAAUUAUUGUGGCGGAUGUACUAAUGUCUAGUACUACUCCUACUACUACUACUACUACUACUACUAAUUAUUGUUAAGAUUUGACAGAAAGCAAUUUUUUCAACGUUGACAAUCAUGUCGUUACUCAAAUGGUAUGAAGGUGAUUCCAAAGCAGCACUACAACAGAUGAUGGACAGAAAUUGCGCGCUUUUGAUGUAUAUAGGAAAUGGAAAUGAUGAUCUUAUAAAGAUUUUUGAUGAUACAAAUAUCAUUCAAUCGCUGAAUAAUGAACUCAUUUUAUGUUAUAAAAUGGAUCCACUGAGUUCAAGUUUUAAAAAUUUUAAAGCUAUUUUCGAUAAUGUUGUUGUUCCUUCGAUUUAUUUAUUAGAAAAAAAUAAUUCUCAACAAUAUAUCAUAAACAAAAAACAAGUUUUAACGAAUCCCAAUGAUAUCCAACUGGAUUUAAAACGGCAAUUGUUGAAUGCUAUUCAAUGUAUUAUGAAAGAUAUUUCUGACACAAUCAAUAUUGAUGACAGUAAACAGAAAUAUUUACAAUAUUUGACUGAUAUUACUAACAAGUUGCGUGUCUUUGAUAGUCCUAAUAUAAAUUCUGGUGUCAAAAAAGUUGCGGAAGAAAUUAAAAAAUCUAAUGGUACUACAAGAAUUAAAUUCAAAGUUCCAUGCAAAGAUGCUACAAUAGUCAAAGAAUUUCAAACAAAUUCUUUAUUCAGAGAUAUCGCAUUUUAUAUAGUAAACAAAGUAAAUCUCACAAGAAGACGUAUAAAAUUUAUAGCUCAUCGACAAUUUAGUGAUGAAGAUUUUGACCAAACAUUAGAUGCAUUAAAUUUGUGUCCAUCAUCAACUAUUUAUGUACAUAUAGAUAAGGAAGAAUCAAAUCAGUGGCUGUACUCCAUACUCAAUUAUCGAUCUUGGCUUGGAAAUGUACUUCAUUUUACCAUUAUCAACCCGUUUAAUUUUAUUCAGCAUUUUUUAAUGAGUUUUGUGAGACCAUCACCACCUGUUGAAGCUCCAAGAACGAUUAAUUAUCAUUUUAAAAAUAAAAAGCAAACUGUCAAAAAGUCAAAAUACAAAUCAGUUUCAAAUAUCCAUACAUUGAAUACUAAGAACUCUGAUGAUGAUGAAAACAAUACAUACAAUGGAAACUCUACACAACAAUUGUAACUUAAGUGUCUUGAAUAAAUCAUUCUUAUAAACUUAAACAAUAUAUAUCUGUAAAAACCA